AUGGAGGAGAAGCAUCUUAUCUCACCCAAUAUCACCCCAAACGACCCUGAUGCGGUCAAGCUUCUGGCAACGGAGAGAUGGGACAUACGUACGUACAUCGUCUUCGAUGUCUUCCACGACACCUACGAUCCCGACACGGCGCAUCUUUCAGCCGAAGACCACUUGCCUGUCAUCUCGGUCUUUCUUAGCCAGAAGGACAGCGCAGGCAUCGCGGGCAUGCCAAUGGCAAACGAAGUCAACAGUGAUAUUAGAGCUCUUCAUAACUCCACGGGUCCAGGCAGCAGGCCGCCGUUCUUUGUCGACCGCGCUGAUGGCAAAGCCCCGUUCUAUCCGAAUCCGCGUACUUCUUGCAAAUCUAGCACUGUGUUCUGA